ACUCCGGUCUCCGGCAUUUACCGCCGCGCGUUGAAUCUUACCGCGCGACUUACUACUGAUGCAUUACGCGUGUUUCGAACAGUGACAAGUGAAGUUGGAUACUACAAUGGGUGUACUCUGUGUGCUGUUUUUAGUGAUAUUCGCAAGCUUUUCUACCGCUGACAGGAAGCCUACGAUCGCUGAGAAACUCACCGAGGAUGCGGACUUGUCACAGUUUUUCGCACUACUGGAACGUAAUGUGGUGGCCAACAUGAGUCUUCAGUACCGGCAGAUGACGCUAUUCGCGCCAACCAACCAAGCCUUUCAGAGAUACAACGGUGAAAUGGAUGAUUCACUAGUACUCUUCCACAUAUCAAACUUGGCCACAACUCUUUCAAAUUUGGACUACUCUAUAUCUUCGGAACUGGAUGGCAACCCACCGCUUUGGAUUACGAGACGACGCGAGGCAAUGCACGAUGACAUUUACGUUAAUAACGCGAAGGUCGACAUUUCAAGGUCAUACCAGGCUAUAAAUCGAAAUGGCAAACUACAGGUCCUACACGUGAUAGACCAGGUUCUUCAGCCUUUGCUGCCCUUGGGCCAAAGCGCCGUCGGCUCACCGGUGUACAACCCAAACGCAUACCAGUUUCUCGAACAUUCGGACGUAUUCAAUAUUGAACAACAUCGCCUCAGAUCGUUCCGUCAAAAAGUAAACCAAUUACAGAAGAAAGAAGUCUUCAACGCCGAUGGACGACACACAUUCUUUAUUCCCGUCGACGAAGGCUUUAAGCCAACCACGAGAUCGGAUUUAAUCGAUGCCAAAGUGGUCGACGGUCACGUUAUACCUCAUCACGUACUGUUCACUCAAGCGACUCCAGAAACCGAGGAAUUCAAGAGUAUGGCAUUCAGUGACAACGUCAAAGUAAUAAUAUCUUUCACGACGUCAGCCAACGGAAAGGAAGAAAUUACGUAUGUGAAAUCGAAUACGGUCGCCGGUGAUGCAAAGCACAGCAGAGGGGUUGUACUAGCAGACAUCGUGAGGGCGAAUAUACCCGUCAAGAACGGUGUGGUCCAUCUCAUACAGAGGCCUUUGAUGGUAGUUGACACGACCGUCGUCGACUUUCUUAAGGAAAAAGAAGAUGGUCCCCUGUGUAAAUUCUACGAGGUGAUAAUGGACUUAGGCGAGCACAAUCAGUUCCUUAACGAGCUUACUUUAGCCAAAGACAUAACGCUCUUCGCGCCCUCCAACGAAGCUUGGAAUGAAAUUAGUGUGCAGAAUAUUAUAAGGAAUCAUCAAAAGCUGAAAGAAAUACUAAAUUUGCAUUUAGUGCGCGAGAGAUUACCAUUGGACGCCAUUAUUCAUAACAACAUGAACCAGCUCCCUGGCGCAAUUUAUCAAGCACCGACGGCAUUACCGAGAAAAUAUUUGUACUUUAACGUAAUAAGCCAUCAAAAUAAUUUAACAUUGACGGUGGAAGGGGGUGGUGUGAACGCAACUGUAACUCAAACUAAUAUCGCAGCGACCAAUGGUUUCGUACACAUCAUCGACAGAGUAUUGGGCGUUCCAUAUACGACUGUAUUCGAAAAAAUGAAAACUGAUCCGAUGCUCAACAUCACAUACAAUCUCGGCAAGCGGCAGAUGUUCAACCACCAACUGAACGACAUGGAGCACCGCUACACGUACUUCGUGCCGCGCGAUCAUGCCUGGCUAAAAUUCCAAUUAAAGCAUCCUUCCGCUUACAAUGCUCUGUUCAAAGAGGAUUUCGGUUAUUACACCAAACAGAUUCUAGAGAGACAUGUCAUCCGCACUGAUCGCUCGUACACGGUCUCUGAUCUUAAGCUGUUGGCGAAUGAGACUCACCCGUUUGUAUUACCCACUUCCCGCGACCCUCUUCGGCUGCGCGUCAAGGAGUCUGAUAAGAAUUACUACGUAGAAUGGAACGGGCAUUGGAUUCACGUUUUCAGACCAGACGUAGAAUGUACCAACGGAAUAAUUCACGUCAUAGACGAACCUUUUGUACUCGAAAGCGACAUUAGAGCCACAGGCGGCGCAGACAAAACUCGCAUUACUUACGCUUUCAUUCUUCUCUUCAUCUCAUUCUUCUUCGCUCGAAUCUUAGAAAACUAAAUCUCUCAAUUGAAAAGUUUAAUUUUCAAAUAGCAACUUCAUUACACCGAUUCGGUGUAUGAUCUCUGAAAUUUAAAUUUUAUUUAAAAAAAAAACAUAUAUUUAGAAAAAAAUUAAGUUCAUUGAACUUUUUUAUGUAUAUCCAUCAUCCAGUUUUCAUCGAAUUUAUUAAAUAUAUUUAACGUGUCACUUUAAAGUCUUUAAGGAUUGUGUAAGGUAUGUUUUGUCCAUUACAUCUGAUAAGCGAAAUAUCUAACCGCAUAGUAUUAGUUAUUGCUGUUCAUGUGUAGUUACGGGAAUAUACAAUACAGUAAAUUUUUAGAUAGUUACCAAUUUAGGUAUAAUUAUAAAAUGCUAA